UUCUAAUCUUGUUGACGUUUGAAGAUAAAAAAAAAUCCCAAAGAUAUGGAUUCAUAAGUUGGUACAAUUGUCAAUUGAUAGCAGUGUUUCAUUUCUAGUACAAACUUCUAUUCUUAUGCUGUAGUUUAAUGAUUUCUUAGUUAUUUUUAAAAGUUAUUUUAUUGUAUUCAUCAAUAUGAUUGCUGGGUACAGUCCUGAAAUUCAAGCCAUCUUUGGUACCUUGUUUACAUGGGGUCUGACAGCUGCCGGUUCGGCUCUUGUUUUUUUUAUGAGGGGUACCCAGAGAAAAUUUUUAGACAGUAGUCUUGGUUUUGCUGCUGGUGUGAUGCUGGCAGCUUCGUAUUGGUCUCUUCUAGCUCCUGCAAUUGAAAUGGCAGAAAGCUCAGGGAUGUACGGAGAAUCAGGGGAAUAUGCCUUUGCCCCUGUUGCGCUGGGUUUCUUCAUGGGAGCUCUUUUUGUUUUUGCAGCUGAUCAGUUAAUGCAUUAUUUCAAAAUUGGAUCAACAGAAUUAAUGAUGGUUGAUUUGAGUUUUGAUUACAAUUCAUCACCAGAAACCAAACGCAAACAAAUCAAAAAUAGUUCUGGACCUGAAAUCUUGAGUAAGUCCUCAAAAGAUGGAUUGAUCAAAAGGAAAGCACAUUUACCAACUGGGGAUGAAGAAGAAUUAAGCUUAGGUCUAUCUCAUGAGGACUACAGCAAACUUCACAAGCAGUCAGCUGAAAAAUGGAAGCGAAUCCUCCUUCUAGUGAUUGCAAUUACAGUUCACAACAUUCCAGAAGGUCUAGCUGUCGGUGUAGGUUUCGGAGCCAUAGGAAAAUCUCCCAAAGCCACUUUCGAAAGCGCUAGGAAUUUAGCUGUUGGUAUCGGGAUUCAGAAUUUUCCCGAAGGCCUGGCUGUUAGCCUUCCGUUACGGGGUGCAGGCGUUUCAGUUUGGAAGAGUUUUUGGUAUGGACAAUUGAGUGGAAUGGUGGAACCGAUAGCUGGCCUGAUUGGUGUGCUCUGCGUAUCGUGGAUCGAGCCUUUACUCCCUUACGCAAUGGCCUUCGCGGCCGGUGCAAUGGUGUACGUAGUCUGUGAUGAUUUGAUUCCUGAAGCCUCCUCGAGCGGAAACGGAAGACAAGCUUCGUGGGGAGCCAUUUUCGGCUUCAUUUUGAUGAUGUGUCUCGACGUAGGUCUCGGCUAAACGGGUCGGACCCAACUGUUUCUUUUUUAGCCUUUCUUGCAUUCCUUUUUAUCAUUAUUAUUCCUAUAUUUUUUGUUUUCUGAAAAGACAACAUAAGAAUGACCAAAAUUUAUAUAUUUGACUAUAUUUUUGGAAUAUUUGGUGUCGCCCCUUUUGGGUCUACUGUUGGUUGUUGGUUGUGUGCUGUGCUGUGUGUGUGUGUGUGUUGAAAAUGAUUUUCCUUAUAUUGUGUUCUCGAUAUGGAAUGAUUUUGAGAAAAUAAGACUCUGGUUGAGGCGAAA